CGCGGGAAGCACCCGACCGGAAGUGUCGCGGGGAGCGCUGGGCUUUGCUCAACGAUCGGCAGACCUGGUUGUCGCCGCCGCCCUCGGCUACCGCCGAGGCCUGCUGCAACCGCCAUGUCAGCCAGUGCCGUCUAUGUGCUGGACCUGAAGGGCAAGGUGCUUAUCUGUCGGAACUACCGUGGCGAUGUGGACAUGUCGGAGGUAGAACACUUUAUGCCCAUCCUGAUGGAAAAGGAGGAGGAAGGGAUGCUGUCACCCAUCUUGGCGCAUGGGGGCGUCCGCUUCAUGUGGAUCAAGCACAACAACCUGUAUUUGGUUGCCACUUCUAAGAAGAAUGCGUGCGUGUCCUUGGUGUUCUCCUUCCUCUACAAGGUGGUGCAGGUAUUCUCUGAAUACUUCAAGGAGCUGGAGGAAGAGAGUAUCCGAGACAAUUUUGUCAUCAUCUACGAGCUGCUGGAUGAGCUCAUGGACUUUGGCUACCCCCAGACCACUGACAGCAAAAUCCUGCAGGAGUACAUCACUCAAGAAGGCCACAAGCUGGAAACUGGGGCUCCCCGGCCCCCAGCUACUGUCACCAACGCAGUGUCCUGGCGGUCCGAGGGCAUCAAGUACCGGAAGAAUGAGGUGUUCCUGGACGUCAUUGAGUCCGUCAACCUCUUGGGCAGAUACCCAGGAGUGGGAUUGCUGGGUCAUGCGGUCAGUGCCAAUGGCAAUGUCCUGCGCAGCGAGAUCGUGGGCUCCAUCAAGAUGCGGGUCUUCCUCUCAGGCAUGCCCGAGCUGCGCCUGGGCCUCAACGACAAGGUCCUCUUCGACAACACAGGCCGUGGCAAAAGCAAGUCGGUGGAGCUGGAGGAUGUGAAGUUCCACCAGUGCGUGCGGCUCUCGCGCUUUGAGAACGACCGCACCAUCUCCUUCAUCCCGCCCGAUGGCGAGUUUGAGCUCAUGUCUUACCGCCUCAACACCCACGUCAAGCCAUUGAUAUGGAUCGAGUCCGUGAUUGAAAAGCAUUCCCACAGCCGCAUUGAGUACAUGAUCAAGGCCAAGAGCCAAUUCAAGCGGAGGUCAACAGCCAACAACGUGGAGAUCCACAUCCCUGUGCCCAACGAUGCUGAUUCACCCAAGUUCAAGACUACAGUGGGCAGUGUCAAGUGGGUCCCUGAAAACAGCGAGAUUGUGUGGUCCAUCAAGUCCUUCCCGGGUGGCAAGGAAUACCUGAUGCGGGCACACUUCGGCCUGCCCAGUGUGGAGGCAGAAGACAAGGAGGGCAAACCCCCAAUCAGUGUCAAGUUUGAGAUCCCCUAUUUCACUACCUCUGGCAUCCAGGUGCGGUAUCUGAAGAUCAUCGAGAAGAGCGGCUACCAGGCUCUCCCUUGGGUCCGCUACAUCACUCAGAAUGGAGAUUACCAGCUCCGGACCCAGUGAGGGACCAUGGCCAAUGCCCGGCCCUGGCACCGGGGCUCCUGGUGGGAGCACCAGGAGGGAGCUCCUGCCAAGCACGCCAAAGGUGGGGGUACCCUCCUGGCCCUACCCAGGGACCCCUCCUCCUCGGGGUACAACUGCUCUGCGUUGCUACUCUCGCUCCGAAGUCCUUCUCUCCCAGAAAGGCUUGUUUUCGAGAAGUCCGUCUCUCUGCUCCCUUGAGUCUGUUUUGGGGAAAGGGAAUGAAAUGCUUCCCUCCUAGAGGUAACAUACAGCCUGUGUGUUUAGCCUCCUGGGCACCAGAAAGUCUGAGAAACGCUCCCCAGGCCUCUGGCUGCUCCUGGCAUCUCUUUACCGGGGGUGGUAGCCUCUCGGCACAGGCCGCACCGCCAUACUGUCGCCAUUCUGUUGGCCAUCGUGGGCUUGAAUGUGUCAGGACGUUGUCUUGUUUAUUUGUUGCUGUUUACGUUACCCUCACUGUCCACACCCUGGCCCUCUCCUGAAGCACUUGGGCAGCACUUGUGAGGGCAGGCCCCCCGCCCCUCCUCACCUUCCAGCCCUCAGCGGCCACCCCAUCUGUUGGGCCAACACCCGCGCUUCCGUGGUGCCACUGUUCUGGGGGUUUCUGGCCAGGACCCAGAGGCUUCCUCCCACAGGGUGCCUGUCUAGGCCAGCCCGUGCCACGUGCUGCUGUCACUCAGCCACAUCAGUGUUCUCCCCACCUGGGAGGUGGGGUCCAGCCAGGCUCUGGCCUAUACCUUGGAGGGUGUUGGGGGGGCACAUGUUAUCCAUGUUUAUGUUCUUGCCAUGAUUAUAUUAAAUUCCAUUCAUUAAUGUG